UCGUUCAUUCGUCCGUCCGUCCGUCCGUCGCUCGUCGCCGUAUAUUCGCCUAUGUCGCCGUGUUUGCCGAGAUUUACUUACUGCGGCAAUCGCGGAUACUCGGAGGAAGCGGGAGAGAACGAUCACUAGAAAGAACCGUCCGAGCCGUUGGCCGUCGUGGAAAUCGGAACGAACUCGGAGCGAAAGAGAGAGAAAGAGAGAGAGAGAGCGAAAAGGUUGAUACCGCUUUAACUUACGAAGGAGAUACGCGCACGGCGCGCUCGUAUAUACGCGUUAAUAUACGCUGUGUAUAUAUAUAUAUACAUAUAUAUAUGUGUGUAACGUAACGAGAGAGUGCGGUGCGCGCGUUAUAUAUCGCGCAUACACGCGGAACGUAUGCGUAUGUGUGUGUGUGUUUUACCAGUGUGACGGAGAGGAGAAGAGACACGCGCGCGCGCCCCGGGCGGUGCGGAGAAAGGAGAGAGAGAGGGGCUCUCUCGCCGGCCAUAUUUCGCGCAAAUAUACCGCGUGUGCAUUCAUAUUCGCUCCUCAAGCGCGUACGUCCACUCCCCCCCUCCCCGUCUUCGCUUCGUCGUCGCUGAGUACGGAAUACAUCUUUUUUCUCUCUCAGCGUUCCGACAAAUCUCCCCUUCUCGAUCUCUCUCUUCCUCCCUUGCGCACGUCUCUCUCUCUCUCUCUCUCCACUCACAAAUAUAUAUAUGUAUGCUCCACUCUCCUUCCCUUUCUCUCUUAUCAUCGUCUGUCUCCGUCUCACCUCGAUUUUGAUACCCGUGUUGUCUCGAUUUCGAUCCCCGUCUAUCCACAUACAGUACCGUCCGUACUCCUCUUAUCUUUACCGGUCUUUCGCUUAAACUCUUCGCCGCCUCGUGUAUUUACCUACCCGGUGCAUCCAUAGCUGAAGCGUCCGUGUUAUUUAUCUCCUUAUUUAACGGCUAUCUAGCCGUCCCUCUGUCUCGCUUCGUCUCGCGCACGCACUCUCUCUCUCUUUCUGUUGCGUGUGUGUGUUACGUACACACAUACUCUCUCUCUCUCUCUCCCUCUCUCUCUCUCUCUCCGAUCCCCUUUCUUCCCCCCGCUGCUUUCAACUACCACACUACGGCUGAUUCGCUCUCUCGGUGCUAUGUCUGCGUACUCUCGUACCCAGGAGAGCGACGCGUGGGCUCUUUUGGCGUUGAAGUCGGCACCGGCCAGUCCGACGACGACGACGAAGAUGCAGUCGUGGAAUCCGGAGUCAAAGGGUGCACCGAUCGCGCGUCUCGAGGGCCGCGAGUUCGAAUACAUGGUUAGGCAACGGCGCAUCACGAUCGGCCGCAACAGCAGCAAGGGUGAGGUCGACGUCAACAUGGGCCACUCGAGCUUUAUCUCACGCCGGCACCUCGAGAUCUACUAUGAGCACCCGUCCUUCUACAUGAUGUGCAACGGCAAGAACGGCGUGUUCAUCGACGGUGUGUUCCAACGUAAGGGCGCGUCGCCCUUUCAACUGCCAAAGUCAUGUACAUUCAGAUUCCCAAGCACGACGAUCCGGCUGGUGUUUCAAUCGCUGCUGGACGAGCAGGAGCCGAGCAACAUACGCGUACCCUCGCCGCCGAAGCAGCAGCAGCGCAUGCCGUUGCCGCCGUUGCGCAUCAACAUACCGGACACCGGUUACAGCAGCCCGUUUCCCUCGCCUACCGGAACGAUCAGCGCCGCCAACUCCUGUCCGGCGAGUCCGCGCGCCGGCCAAGGGCGUAGGAACAUCUCGGCCGACCUGCAGAUGGUGGCCGCCGCGGUGGCGUACGAUCCGCAGAAUUCCACCCUGGAGAGGCACGAGAGCGGCGGCGGGCAGAGCUCCAGCAGCAGGCAGAUCAGCCCGGAGCCCGAGCCGCGUUACCAGCGCGGCGGCAACAACAACGGUUCCGGGCCGAACGGCACCGCGUCGCACUACAGCCCGCCCAAGGACGAGUCGAAGCCGCCUUACUCGUACGCCCAGCUGAUCGUCCAGGCGAUCGCGUCCGCGCCCGACAAGCAACUCACGUUGUCCGGCAUCUACUCUUACAUCACCAAGAACUACCCGUACUACAGGACCGCGGACAAGGGCUGGCAGAACUCGAUCCGGCACAAUCUCUCGUUGAACCGUUACUUCAUCAAAGUGCCGAGAAGUCAGGAAGAGCCGGGCAAGGGUUCCUUCUGGAGGAUAGACCCUCAGUCGGAAGCGAAGCUGAUCGAGCAGGCCUUCAGACGAAGACGACAACGCGGCGUACCCUGCUUCCGCGCACCUUUCGGAUUGUCGUCGAGAAGCGCCCCGGCGUCGCCGUCUCACGUGGGCAUCAGCGGCUUGAUGACGCCUGAGUCGCUCAGCAGAGAAGCGUCGCCCGGACCGGAACCGUACCCGGACAGUUCGGUUCCGUCGCCGGCGGGACAGCUCAGCCAGUCGGCUCCCGGGUCGCCCGGCCAUCCGUACACCUCGUCGACCUCGCAGCAGUCCUCCUCCACUCAUAAGGGCUCGCGUCUGAUGCAACAGGUCGUUACCGUCGUGACAAACGGCGUCAAUAGCGACGCCGGCAGAGAAGAGAAAUACCUGAUGUCGGGAAAUGCUGUGGAGGACCAUUCUUUGUCACCAGCCGGUCAGUACAGUCCGGCUCCUGUUAUUGUACAAACGACAUAUAAUUACAGUAAUAGCGGAACUUUUAUCGGCCCUGACGCUGGCGUCGGGGUUAACAAACGCGCUCAUGACGAGUCCGACAGUUCGCCGGAUUCACCGGCUCGGCUUGCGAUCGUCGAGAGCCCCGAACCGCCGGAGCAGCAACAGCAGCCACCGAAACGUCAACGUAUCCAUGAAAUGGACGAUCAUUGAACUAGCAUACUUAGCAUUACCGUUUACGUAGGACAUAUUUACGUUUACAUUGCAUUAUUUUUGCCUGCCGUUUCGAACACACAACGCAAAACCCCUUCAUCUUACUUUUAAUUACUGCAUAACCAGCUUUAGACUGCACAUAGUAAACUGAGAUCGGGCUGAUAUCGGUUGUUAGCAUCUCUCGCUUCUUCUCGCCGAACGAGAGAGUAAUUUUAUGUAUAUGCGUGUGCAUAUAUAUAUAUAUAUAUAUGGUU